AUCAGGGGUUUGAGAAUGCUGACCCGCGGCCGGAGCCGGGAGUCCGGGGUCGCGCCGCCCUGGACGGCAGGGGCGGCUACAGAGGCGCAGGAAAGUCACGGCCCAAGGAAGCGCCCACAGAAGACACGGACACCAGCACGUGUGGCCUAUGAGGUGGUGGAGGGGGAGAGCGGAGCGGCUGCCGAGACCCCAGCUGCGGACACUCCGCAGGGCUGGGAGCCGCCGCACUGGCGGCAGCAGCUGGAGAACAUUCGCAGCAUGAGGAGUGGGAGGGACGCGCCCGUGGACCAGCUGGGCGUGGAGCACUGCCAUGACCUGAGUGUGCCUCCUGAGGUGCGCAGGUACCAGGUCCUGCUUUCACUGAUGCUGUCCAGCCAGACCAAAGACCAGGUGACCGCGGGGGCCAUGCAGCGCCUGCGGGCGCGGGGCCUGACGGUGGCCCGCAUCCUGCAGACCGACGAGCACACGCUUGGCGCGCUUAUCUACCCCGUGGGCUUCUGGAAGAGCAAGGCCAAGUACAUCAAGCAGACGACCAGCAUCCUGCAGCAGCGCUACGGCGGCGACAUCCCUUCCUCCGUGGCCGAGCUGGUGGCCCUGCCAGGGGUCGGGCCCAAGAUGGCACACCUGGCGAUGGCUGUGGCCUGGGGCACUGUGUCAGGCAUCGCGGUCGACACACACGUGCACAGAAUAGCCAACCGGCUUGGGUGGACCAAGAAGUCAACCAAGUCUCCAGAGGCGACCCGCACUGCCCUAGAAGAAUGGCUGCCUAGGGACCUCUGGGGCGAGCUCAACGGGCUGCUGGUGGGCUUCGGGCAGCAAGUGUGCCAGCCAGUCCGCCCACGCUGCCAGGCCUGCCUCAACCGGGCGCUGUGCCCCUCAGCCCUGCAACCCUGACCGUCGCCCGGUGCCCGUGCUGGAACCCCUAGCAGUUUGCAAUAAAGC